GGCCCCCGUAAGAUGCUCCUCAGCCCACCCCCACGCACAGAGGGGCCCGACCUCAGAGGACCCCCGGCAGGUGCACGGGGGCUCUUCUCCGCAGAGUCGUGCCCAGGGGCGCACGGACGCCCCUCGCCCUGGCGGACAGCCUUGGCGCACGCAGGCCCGCGCGCCGCCGACACACCUCGGAGCUCCCGGAGCGCGCCCGGCACACAGGGCUCGGCGGCAGGUGCCUCGCCGCGCACACUCGCGGGCCGCGGGGACCGGCUCGGGCGCGGGGCCGGCUGGGGCGGGGCGGGGCGGUGGCGCGCGUUCCCCGCCGGCCACACCGGCCGCCCUGCACUCGGCGAGGGGCGUGUGCGCGGGCCUGGCACCCGCGGGCCCCAUGUUCACCGAGCUGAGGUCCAAGCUGAGCCCCCCGCGUGGCCGCGCCGGGGCCGUGCGCGCGGGCUUCGGGGAGCGCCGGGAUGUGGACGCUUCUGCCAGACCCUCCUGGAGCACACGGUGUCAGCUGAGAGCAUCCCCUGCCACUUGCCUGGGACACCUGGCACCAGUCUCACAUGGCAUGACUCCCGCAGCCAGAGGGCAGCCAGCAGCAGGCCAAUCAAGCUCCUGCAGCAGCCCGGCACAGAGACCCCCCAGGGCCGGCUGUACUCUGAUCACUAUGGCACCUACCACACAAGCCCCUCGCUGGGCGGCCUGACCCGGCCCGUGGUCCUGUGGAGUCAGCAGGAUGUCUGCAAGUGGCUCAAGAAGCACUGUCCGCACAACUACCUCGUCUACGUGGAGGCCUUCUCCCAGCACGCCAUCACCGGCCGGGCACUGCUGCGGCUGAAUGCGGAGAAGCUGCAGCGGAUGGGGCUGGCCCAGGAGGCCCAGAGGCAGGAGGUGCUGCAGCAGGUGCUCCGCCUGCAGGUGCGUGAGGAGGGGCGGAGCCUGCAGCUGCUCAGCCAAGCUUCCUUUGGGAAAAUGUCCUAGCUGCUGCUGAGGCUUGAACCCAGACCCCAGCACUGUGACGGGAGUCCACGGCUAGGGAGGAGGCAGAGCUGGCCCCGCAGCCCCUCUUGGACCCUGCAGGAUGCUGGGGCGGUCAGGCUGGCCCAACGGACAGACAGGACCAGGAUCACCACCUCCCGGCGCCUCUGGUUGGACAUUCCAGGUCAUGCCCUGGGGCUGGGUGGGUAGGGGCUGCUUGAGUGUGGCCCCACCUCCUGGGACCUGAGCCCAAGCCCUCCCCUGGUGCUGCUGGCAGCAUGUGGGGCAGCUGCCUGGAGCCAGAGCCGGUUUGGAUGUCCCCCCAGACUCCCAGGGAGUCUGUUUAUUUACAUUCCCCUCUCCACGUGAUGUCCAUCCCUCAUCGCCUGCUGAGUCACCUGUCUGUCCACCCACCCAGCCCCAGUUCUAGGCAGUUCCCCAGCACCUCCAGGUUGGCCCACACAGGUGCCAUAAGUUGCCUUGGCUCCCUGUGGCUUGUGCCCAUGCCCCUGCCAGAGCCCAGCAGGCCCAUCCAUCAUCUAGAGCAGUGGCCAUCAGCACCUGCCCAGCGGCAUUAUGUCAGGCACUUUCAUCAUUAUUUAUACAUCCUUACCACACCCCCUCUAUUCAUGAGAAGAAAGCUGAGAAAGGCCCAGAUUGACCAAGCACCAGAGACAAAAUGUGGCACAAGGACCUCAGCCCUGUCCAGGUGGCUCUGUGCCCAGGGCCCAGGCUCAGCAGUGCUCCCUGCCCUAUCUUUGGGAAAAUCUUGCUUUUACGGUCGUCCCCACUCCCGCCCUCAAGAACAAGGGCCUUGUGCGUGGGCUUUCCCAUUGCCGCUUUCCCAAGAAGGCCUGUGAGGAUUCAGGGGAGAGGCCUCCCCAGGGCCGCUUCCCCUACACCCACCCAGAGACCCGAGCAACCCCUCUCUGGGUGGUUCAGGGCUGGUGCUGCCUGGCAGAAGGACAGUGAGGGCAGCCCUGGCCAGCCCCGCCCUCUUGUGCCUCUGCCCUCUCCCGAUCCCCUCGGGGCUUCUGAAAAUCUCAGGGACAGAUGAGGCUGAGCCCCCAGUCCCCUCUGUGUGCUUUGAGCCUCCAGACUCAAGGCUGGUCACUGCGGGUCCCAGGUAGAAUUUGGACAACUGGCCUGGCCGCUCCCCUCCCGUAAGCCCCCAAUAAGGGGAGACCCUCAUCCCUGCCCCUGUGUGACUGCCCAAGUAUUCUGCCUGCCUCCCACCAUCAGCCCUCGCCCGGGAUGCCCUUCCGCCUCUGCUCCCCUCCCUCCUCCUCUGUCUUGCCCUGGCUCACGCACGCCUGUCUCGUCUUCCUUGUUUUGUGCUCACUUUUUUAUACUCUGACAAAAAAAUAAUAAUAAUAAUCAGAAAUAAAGCUGGUUCCCAAGUGCUGGC